CCUGCCUGAUAUAUAGCUUGAUAACCUUGUAGAUCUUAGGUAGCGAGGCUCACGUAUCUACCCGCUCGGCAUAGCUAGCUCGUCCAAGAAUCUGAAACGCUGCAGCCUCGGGUGUAGCGUGCUGAUAUUAUCUUGGCGCUAUAGCGCUUUCUAUAGUAUUUGAGUUUGAUUCCUCGCCUAUUGAGUAGAUCUUGUCAUCAGCGAUAAAAAUUUUCACCACGACGACCGCACCCGCUCAAGGCUGAGUAGGAUCGAAAAUGGAGAACUUGCCUACUCAAAACAAUAAAGAGCUCGAUUCAGAGACGGAGACUCGACAUCUUGCUUCCAAUAACAAGCUCGAAGAACAUGCUAAAUCACCACGUUUAGUCUUUAGUAGCGCCGAAGAGCUGGUAGAACAUGAUCCUCGCCUAAGCGGAUGCAAUAUUGACCGGAAUUUCUUCCGUCUUGCAUCCCACCAUGUAAAAAAAGACUCUAACGGUCUGUUCGGCUGCCGCACAACUCUAGAAAACGGAAAAAAGAUCUUGAAACACGAUUCUUGGUGUUGCUUCAAGAUCAAACAGGUUCGAAAGAGUUACCAUGUCGAACAUUCAGCAUGGGAUAUUCUCUACGAUUGGCAGCAGCCGAGCAUCUACAUUUCCUGGAAUUCAGAGGAUUAUAUCACCCUAGUUCUGUGCAUUGACAUACCAAAUGAGCUGCGUGCAACCAUGCAGGAUACUUGGGAUCAAAACCUUGUCGAACGAAAUGACCCCUAUAAAUGGUAUUGUCUUGUAAUUGACAACCUCAUGGACCUAUAUGAUACGUCUGUGUGGAAGUUGAGAAACUUAGUCCGAGAGGAUGUUGAAAAGAGACGAUCCCCAGAAUCGAUUGAUUUUCAACGGAUCCACGAGAUUGCAAGGCACAUUAUUCAUUCGAAUGAAACCCUUGAAGUCGCUUUGGAUACUCUUGACGGCAUUCAGCAAGCAUACGAGCUAUUCAGCAAAGAUUCUACCGGCUCAGUGGAACAAGAAAUGGAAUUUUCGUUCCGCUACACGCAGCUGGAACUUUCAAGACUUCGAAGAACCAUUAAAGCUAGCUUCCUGCGCUCUCGAUCAUUGGGUGAUCGUAUCCACAACGAAAUAAACCUCGCAUAUAACCUCGUCAACCAAAGAGACAGCUUCUUGAUGAAGACAAUCGCAGUGAUGACAUUAAUAUACCUUCCUGGAUCAUAUCUUGCGUCUAUUUUCGGCAUGAAUUUCUUCGACUUCUCGUCCUCGACCGGGCUCAUUCUUUCGGACAAGUUCUGGAUUUACUGGGUGCUCACAGCGAUCAUGACACUGCUCACCAUUGGCAUAUGGAUGCUGUGGCAAAGCCAACGUGAGCAUACGCAAAAGGCUUCCACGCAUGUGGGAAUACCAAAUAGCCAACCAUCCCUUGCCUCGAGAAGGUUUACGUGGAUUGGUACGGAAUGGCGCUCUGCAUUCAGAGUGAAAACAGAGAAUGUUGUGUAGUCGGGAAGAGGGCAUUAAAGCGAAAAAGAGGUAAUGUUCAACAGGGUAGAGGACGGAAUGGUUAUUUAGAGAGAUUCUCGCAUGAGUUAGGGAGUGUUUUGGAGACAUGUGAAAAG